AUAUUCUGUCAAAAGUGUCAAAUUCUAGCAGUGGAUGGACGGAAAAUUGGUUUUUUCGAGUCCUCCACAAAGGCAUUUUAAUUUUAUUUCUUUCUGUGCAAUUUAUUUACGUAUUAUCUAGAAAGCUAUUUAAUGUACCUAAAGAUUUAAAACAUUUAUUUUUGUGAUAAGUAGCAUUAAUAGAAAAGUAAAAGUAUAAUUUCUAUCAUUUGUGUGGGUCUCUGUCAGUGUUAUUGAUUUCUUUUUAUUUUAGAGUUUGAAAAUUAUGUAGACAUGACUAAAUAUUACAAGACCAAGUGAAUCCUGAACGAACGAUGAUAAUAUUUGGAUGGAGUUUACAAUAAUGUACUCUCAACAUGAAAACUAAAAGCUUUCUUCUAUUUUCGACCUCUGUUUUUGCUAUUAGUAUUUUUCUGAUAGUAUUCCACUCACAACCGCCGCAGUCGAUCCAGAGUAUUGUGACCCAAACACACCAACACAUCAAAGACUUUCAGGUGUCGGUGUCGCCACAGGAGAGCCUGCGCGAUGUGGAGGGCAGCCACCUGGUGCAGGAGGAGCGCUACCUGCGCGCCGCCGGGCUGCGAGCGCGCGCCCCCGCCGCCGCCGCGCCCGCGCUCGUCACCUACGCGCGCCAGGACCACGCGCUCGCCGUCAGCUUCGUGCGCCACGCCGCCGCGCUGCCCUACCCCGUGCUGGUCUACAACCUGGGCCUCAAGCCCUACUCUCUGGCCGUGCUGUCGAGCUUCUGCAACUCGUCGAAGUGCUCCGUCGUGGACUUCGACCUGGCCGCCUUCCCCUCGCACGUCAGCGACGAGAGCAUCCACGCCUUCCGCCCGCUCAUCAUACAGCACGCGCUGAGCCGCACCGGCGGCGUGGUGUUCAGCGACAGCGGGCUGGAGUGGGCGGGCGACGCGGCCGCGCUGGCGGCGCUGUGGGCGCGCGCGGCGGGCGGGGCGGGCGCGGGCGCGGGCGGCGGGCUGCUGGCGUGGCCGCGGCGCGCCGCCGUGACGUCGCUCACGCACCCGCGCAUGUUCCGCUACCUGCGCGCGCGCCCCGACGACUUCCUGUUCGUGCAGAUGGUGGAGGCCGAGCGGCUCGUGCUGGCCGCGCGCCCGCCCGUGCCCGACGUCAUGCGCCUGUGGGUGCAGUGCGCGCUCACGCUCGACUGCAUCAUGCCCAUAG